GCUCCCACAGAGAAGAUGGCGGCAGUUUGCGAGGAGGUCACUCCAUGGCGGGUCAGGUGUCGGUGCCUCAGCUGCCGGUUCAGUCGGCCACCUCGCCGGACCUCAGCCAGCCCGACCCCUACCGCGCUCUGUCUGGCGGUCUUCAGGGCCAGAGCGCGUCCUCAGUCAGCUCAGAGAUCAAGUCUGAGGACGAGGGAGACGAGAACCUCCUGCAGGACAGCAAACCCCUGGACUCCAAGAAGGAGGACUUGGACAAGGAGCUCAAGGCUAUAGAGAGGUCAAGAUCUAGGUAACCCGUCCACCUCCCAGACGUUCGCUUCCAUCAAAACCCUCAGCUGGACGUCUUCCCCACACCCCCCCAGGCUGCGUCCUGCGCGUCCCUUUGGACGCCGAGCGGGACGGUGAGCUGGGAGCGUUUGAGGAACCAGCCUCUGAACUUUGAUGAAGUGAUCAGUGUGAUGAGAAGCAGCUGAAUACUUCAGACUUCUGGCCUCCACCAGGCGCCUCCUUCUCUUUCCUGGCUCCGCCCCUUCUGGAGGACCGCUUGUAGCCGGGGCGGCGGGGCUGAGGAAGGGUGGAGGCUGCAGGUGGAGCAGCUCCUGGUUGCUCCUGCGUGUCUCUCCAGGUCUUGAGCCUGGAUUCAGCUGCUUCUCACGCAGCAGAGUAGAGCCCUCCGUCAAUAUGGUCAACGAAGCUCCGCCUCACUGCGCCCAGGGUGGGAAACCAGCAGCAGUACGAUCCCAACCUGUUUCUGCAGCGGCUCGGCUACCUCAGUCCUUCAUCAUCAUGAUGAUGAUGAUGAUGGAAACCUUCUUCCCACCCUGGAUGCCGUCGGAACGGCUUCCCUCCUCCUCUGUUUCCCAGGAGGAAAAUCUGGAACAUUCGGAUCCUGAACCCCACAGUUUGGCCUUGUUGGUGGCGGCCAUGUUUACCAUGACGAUGAUGACG